CACCUUUGACAACAACAACAACCCCCAGCAAAACAACAUGUGCGGCAUCUUCUGCUGCUACAACCGCCAGGGCGACCUCGCCGCCUACCGCCCCCGCGCGAUCGCAUGCUCCAAGAAGCAGAGGCAUCGCGGCCCCGACUGGUCGGGCACGUACACGGCCAAGGACUCGGUCUUGGUGCACGAGCGUCUGGCUAUUGUCGGUGUUGACUCCGGCGCCCAGCCCCUCGUCACCGAGGACGAGCAGAUUGUCCUCGCUGUCAACGGCGAGAUCUACAACCACAUUGCGCUCCGCAAGAGCCUCAAGAACCCCGCCAAGUUCAAGACGCACUCGGACUGCGAGGUCAUCAUGCACUUGUACAAGGAGCACGGUACCGGCGUGUGCAACCUCCUCGACGGCUUCUUCUCGUUCGUCCUCGUCGACCAGUCGACGACCCCCUCGCGCCUGAUCGCCGCGCGCGACCCCAUCGGUGUCACCACGCUCUACUGGGGCUGGAACACUGCCGCCCCCGAGACGCUCUACUUUGCCUCGGAGCUCAAGUGCAUCCAGGACGACUGCGACGUUGUCAAGACGUUCCCCCCGGGUCACUUCUACGACUCGAACACGGGCAAGGUUGAGCGCUACUUCAACCCCUCGUGGUGGAACACGGACGUCGAGCCCAUCCCCCACAACCCCGUCGACUACACGCUCAUCCGCACGACGCUCGAGGACGCCGUGCGCAAGCGUUUGAUGUCCGAGGUUCCUUACGGUGUGCUGCUCUCGGGCGGUCUCGACUCGUCGCUUAUUGCCGCUAUUGCCGCGCGCGAGACGGACAAGCUCGCUGCCGAGCAGGAGCGCCUGAGGAAGGAGCACCGUCUUGCCCGCGAGCGCGGCGAGGCUGUCGGCGAGGAGGCCCCGCUUGCCUCGUGGCCCCAGCUCCACUCGUUCGCCAUCGGUCUCGAGGGCGCCCCCGACCUCAUUGCCGCGCGCAAGGCCGCCGACUCGCUCGGCACCAUCCACCACGAGUACCACUUUACCGUCCAGGAGGGCCUCGACGCCAUCCCCGAGGUCAUCUACCACCUCGAGACGUUUGACGUCACGACUGUUCGUGCCUCGACCCCCAUGUACCUCCUCUCGCGCAAGAUCAAGGCCAUGGGCGUCAAGAUGGUGCUGUCGGGUGAGGGAUCCGACGAGAUUUUCGGCGGCUACCUCUACUUCCACGCCGCGCCCAACGCCGAGGACUUCCACCGCGAGCUCAUCAAGCGCGUCAAGAACCUCAACACUGCCGACUGCCUGCGCGCCAACAAGUCGACCAUGGCGUGGGGUCUCGAGGCCCGCGUGCCCUUCCUCGACAAGAAGUUCCUCGACGUCUGCAUGAACAUUGACGCAAAGUACAAGAUGUUCUCCAAGGGCUCGAGCCAGCAGGUCGACGAGGACGGCAGGCCCAAGAUGGAGAAGUACAUUAUCCGCAAGGCGUUCGACAUUGCCCCCGACGGAAAGCCCUACCUCCCCGACUCGAUCCUCUGGCGCCAGAAGGAGCAGUUCUCGGACGGCGUCGGCUACUCGUGGAUCGACGGCAUGAAGGAAUACUCGGCCGCCAGCAUUUCCGACGAGCAGUUUGCCAAGCGCGCCGAGCGCUUCCCCUACCAGACCCCAGACACAAAGGAGGCCUACUGGAUCCGCGAGAUCUUUGACCAGCAGUUCCCAUCCCAGGCCGCUGCCGAGACGGCCGUCCGCUGGGUCCCCAAGCAGGAGUGGGGUGUCUCGUCCGACCCCUCGGGCCGCGCCGUCGCCAUCCACACGGCCGCGUACGAGGGCGGCGCCAACGGCCAGUAGGCGGGCGCGGCGGGUGUGCGGUGAUCUGGGUAGUAGUCAAGUUUCAUGCAUUUUGUCACACUGAG